AUGGAGGUCAUGAUUGCGCUUUUCAUCUGGCUCGGGCUCUUCCAUUUCAACACCAUAGCUGCAGCUAUUGCCAUCUAUCACCUCCCUAGCAAAACGUCGGUGGCAGUCCUUGUCGUCUUGGUAACGCUGGUGAUUAUUCCCGUGUCCGAGUCCGAAUUCGGGAUCAAGGUUGCUUCCUUCAUUGCCAGAACUGCUUCGACAUACUUCCCGAUUAAUAUGAUAUACGAGGACCGCCAAGCACUGGAUCCCAAUAAGGCGUAUAUUGUUGCCUUGGAACCCCACCAUGUUUUUCCAAUCUCCGCAGUUGCCCUGUCUCCCUUGUCUGGGCUGUUCCCGUUGCAAAAGAUUCGGAUCCUUGGGAGCAGUGCCUUGACCUACGUUCCUUUCGUUCGCCAUAUCUGGCGGUGGCUCAGUAUGGCACCAGCCACACGGAAGCAGUUUUCGAAUCUAUUGGCUUCGGGAACGUCUUGCGUCAUUGUCCCCGGUGGCUUGCAAGAAUCGUUGUUGCUUGAACCAUCUCGAGAG